AUGGCUCCCGAUACUAUCACCACCGUCGUGGAAAAUCUCCUCCAAUCACUUACUAUUGAAGAGAAAGUGGCCUUGGUCGCCGGUCAAAAUAUGUGGCAGACUACCCAGGUUGAGCGGUUGGGAAUCCCACCUCUACAAAUGACAGAUGGUCCGGCGGGUGCUCGAGGAACCAAAUGGACAGAUGGUUCUCUGACUACUUUGAUACCAUGUGCCAUAUCACUGGCCGCUACCUGGGAUCCCUCCAUGGUGAAGACAGUCAGCACUAUUUUAGGCCAAGAAACCCGUCGCAAGGGCUGCCAUGUGCUUUUGGCGCCGACAAUGAAUUUCUCCCGCUCCCCACUUGGUGGCCGCAACUUUGAAGGCUAUGGAGAAGACCCCUUCCUCAUUGGCACGAUGUCCACCGAGAUGAUUCGUGGGAUUCAAAGUGAAGGUGUCGGUGCUUGUAUGAAGCAUUUCAUCCUCAACGACACUGAAACACGUCGUUUCAAUGUCAAUCAGAUUAUUGAUGAGCGUACCUUGCGCGAAGUCUAUAUGAAACCCUUUUUUAUGGCCGCUGAAGCGUCACCUUGGACAGCGAUGGUCAGCUACCCCUUGAUCAAUGGUACACACGCGGAUAUGAGCCCCUUCAUCCUGCCACGGUUGUUGCGGGAUGAGCUACAGUUUGACAGACUGGUCAUGAGUGACUGGGGAGGCUGCAAUGAUACCGUUCAGAGCAUGAUCGCCGGCACUGACCUCGAAAUGCCCGGUCCACCUGUCCGCCGCGGUGAACGUCUUCUCACUGCCAUCCACGAUGGGUUGGUUGAUGAAGUGCAGCAUUUGAACCCUAGCGUUCGACGAGUCUUACAACUACUCGAAAAGGCAAAUCUUUUGCCCUCACAAACAAAAGAUACCAGCUCGGAAGAGGCAUCCAAUGACAUCGGAUACCACGACAUUGUGCGCGAAGCGGCAGAAAGCGGAUUGGUUCUCUUGAAGAACGAUGGUCUUCUCCCACUCCAGCCAUCCUCGUUGACUAAAGUCGCUAUUCUCGGUCCUAAUGCCCACGUGCCAACCGCAGGUGGCUCCGGCAGCGCGGCGGUGAACCCAUUCUACAUCACUACACCUGAAGAGUCCCUCGAACGUGCCCUCCGAGAAGUCAAUCCAGCAAUCGAAAUUUCAUAUGAACAGGGUGUGCCAUUUUCCUCGCGUCCAGCUCUUCUUGGAGAUGCGCUUACCGUCCCAGACGGUUCAAGACAGGGACUUCAGGUGGAUUUCUUUGCGGGACAUGAGUUCCAGGGUCCCAUUGUGGCGACCAGUUUCUGGGCAAACUCUCUGACGUAUAUGAUGAGCGACGGGGAUGUACCUCAGUCACUCAAAGAUAAUCAGUAUUGUUAUAGAGCCAGUGGAAGUGUCACUCUCAAGGUCUCUGGACAAUAUGUGUUCAGCAUUGCAAACACCGGCAAGGCAAAGCUCUUCUUGGAUGAUAAGCUCAUCAUUGACAACACCGACUGGGCUGGCCCCACUGCCGAGUUCCUUGGCUGCUCCAGUAAAGACCAAACCUGCUAUGUCGACCUAAGUUCGGGCCGUUCAUACGCCUUGCGGGUAGACAACGUCGUUACUCUGCCGCUCAUGGAAUCCUUUGACAACACACUUUUCCCUAGAAUGUCCGGCCUACGUAUCGGGAUGUCUCUACAGGUGGACGAGACAGAGAUGUUGAAUCGUGCUGUAAAAGCGGCACAGGAGUCCGAUGUGGCCAUCUUGGUUGUCGGUCACAACAAGGAUUCCGAGGGCGAAGGUGGCGAUCGACCGGACAUGGAUUUGCCAGGUCGGACUAACGAGCUUGUAUCAUCUAUCUGCGCCGCCAAUCCUAACACUAUAGUUGUUGUCCAAACCGCUAGUGCAACUGCUAUGCCUUGGACAAACCAAGCAAACGCAAUUGUUCUGGGUUGGUAUCAGGGCCAAGAGAAUGGUCCUGCCUUGGCAAACGCGCUACUUGGUAUUUGCAACUUCUCUGGUCAGACGCCGAUUACCUUCCCAAAUAGCUUGAGUGACCAUGGUUCAAGCGACUGGUUUCCAGCUGAAGCGGCACAAGACCAUGCUGUCUUUGGUGAACAGGUGCUGAUAGGGUAUCGGUGGUUUGAGGAGCGGGAAAUCGAACCUCUGUGGCCAUUCGGCUUUGGGCUAUCAUACACGUCCUUCACGCUAUCCAACAUUCACCUUAGUGGUACAAUGACUACUAUGCCCGAGUCUCAUGUUACUAUUCACAUCACCGUCAACAACAUUGGCCAACGUGAUGGUCAUGAAGUUGUUCAAGUGUUUGGGUACCUGCAAUGGAGUCUCGAGAUGCGAGAAUUUAUCAAAAGUGACACACUCCGGUGGUAUGAUGAAGAGAUCGCAUCUUGGAGGGUAGAUACCGGCAGUUACAAAUGCUUUGUGGGAACCAGCGUGAAGGACAUCAAGUGCGAGUUAGCUAUUGACAUUGUUUAA